AUAUAAUCCCCUCCCAAAUCGGGAGCAGCCCGGAAAAACGCGAACCGACUCUAGCUGAAGCAGCUCUCAUCGCCAUCGAUCCUUCUCGAUCUGCUCCGAUGGCCCACGCCGGCGCCGCCAAGCCCGAUCCGGAGAAGAAGUCCUGGGCCGACGUCGAGGAGGAGGAGGAGGCCAAGGCCAAGGCGGAGGCGGAGGCCGAGCUCGCCGCCGCCGCCGCCUCCUCCUGCUCCUCCUCCUCCGCCCCCAUCGAGCCGGUGGUGGAGGCGCAGGCGAAGCAGAUCGAGGCGCUCUCGCUCUCCGUGCCGGACGACGACGGCGGCGCCGAGGGCCCGCCCCUGCUCGACGACUCCGACGACUCCCAAAUCCAAGCCGUGACCUCGGGCGGCACGGUGUACGAGUCGGCCACGACCUUCGAGGACGUGAAGCUCACCCCCGAGCUGCUCAAGGGGCUGCACGACGAGAUGGGGUUCAGCCGCCCCAGCAAGAUCCAGGCCAUCACGCUCCCCAUGAUCCUCACGCCGCCCUACAGGGACCUCGUCGCGCAGGCGCACAACGGCUCCGGCAAGACCACCUGCUUCGUCCUCGGCAUGCUCAGCCGCGUCGACCCCAACCGCAAGAUGCCCCAGGCCAUCUGCAUCUGCCCCACCAGGGAGCUCGCGCAGCAGAAUAAAUCUGUGCUCAUGAGGAUGGGCAAGUUUACCGGCAUUACCUGUGCCUGUGCAACCCCGCCGGCUCAGAAAGAUUAUAUGCCCAUCAGCAAAAUGGCUCCGGUGACCGAUCAGGUGGUGAUUGGCACUUCUGGGACGCUCACCAAGUGGAUUACCCAUAAGAAGCUUGCCACUAGGGAGAUCAAGAUUCUUGUGUUCGACGAGGCAGACCAUAUGCUUGCCGAGGAGGGCUUUAAGACUGAUUCUUUAAGGAUCAUGAAGGAUAUACAAAAUAGUGCUGGCGGUUGCCAGGUGCUUCUCUUCUCUGCGACCUUCAAUGAGAAAGUGAAGGAGUUUGUUACAAAGGCCAUUAAGGACGGAAACCAAAUAUUUGUGAAGAAGGAAGAUCUUACUUUGGAAAAAGUAAAGCAAUAUAAAGUCCGAGUCCCUGAUGAGGCGGCCAAAAUAGAGGUUAUAAGGGACAAGAUCUUUGAGUUUGGGCAAAAGGUUGGACAGGUUAUCAUCUUUGUGAGAACAAGAAAUAGUACUAAGAAUGUACAUAAUGCUUUGACAAAAGAGGACUAUGUGUGCUCCUCAAUUCAAGGAUCCCUUGACCAAGCAGAGAGGGAAAAAGUAAUUCAGGAAUUCAAAGAUGGGUACACCAAGGUUCUUAUAUCAACUGAUGUUCUUGCUCGAGGUUUUGACCAAGCACAGGUUAACCUGGUCAUCAACUACGACAUGCCAAUCAAGUAUAAUACGAGAGAUGAACCUGAUUAUGAGGUGUACCUGCACAGAAUUGGCAGAGCUGGGCGCUUUGGCCGAAAAGGAGCUGUGUUCAACCUGCUAUGUGGUCAAACUGAUGAAGUUGUGAUGACAAAGAUCGAGGACUACUUCCAGCACAAAGUGCCUGAGGUCCCCAACUGGAAAAGCGAGGACAAUUUUGAGACUGCUCUUAAGGAUGCGGGUUUACUUGAGUAAACUGUUUACUGGCAGAAAUAGGUGGCGGCAAAUUGCGCGCUUAUUUGAUUAUGUUGUCACCAGCACUUGGGUUCUUUCUUUUGUACCAGAUGCUUGUGUCUGGAGUUGUGUGGAUUAUGUUGAGCUGAUGCGAUGAAUUCUAUGAGGGAGAGUCCAUUUUUAUUGCUCGUUCGUUUGAGGUUUUCAAGUCCUCUUCACACACGCCCAUGUAAUUUCGUUUGAGAAUUCAUUUGUAUGUUAUACUUGUACUACUACGCAUGUGUACAGAUUGAUCGCAGUGGGCAGUUACAAGAUUCA